AUGGCCGUAUGCCAUACGUCGACACGAAGUCGAAUUUUAUCAAAACGUCAUUUCAAUCCUACAAGUAUUCUGUCAUCUUUGUCACCAUUGACAUCGAAUGGUAUGCUCAAAUCAACUGGAUGCAAUGAAUUUCAGCACUUGUAUGCUACAGAAGCGUUUGACAAAGUCUAUAAUUUAUCAGAAGAUCUUGGACGUGGAAAAUUCUCAACAGUAAAAAAAUGUAUAAAAAAAGACGAUAAAGACAAAGCAUAUGCUGCAAAAUUUAUCAAAAAACGUUACGUUAAACAUGCACUCAACGAAUUACGUAUUUUGGAGCUAUCACAAAAACAUCCGUGUCUUAUUACAUUGCAUGAAGUCUAUGAUUUACCAUUAGAGGCAAUUUUUAUUCUAGAAUAUGCACAGCAAGGAGACCUUCAAUUUGUCCUUGAAUUAGAAGGAUGUCUUGAUGAAUCAAAAGCUAGUCAUGUUACAAAACAGCUACUUGAAGCUGUUGAAUUUCUUCAUAAUAAUAAAAUUGUUCAUCUUGACAUCAAGCCUCAAAAUAUCUUACUGAUGGAGAAAUGGCCAAGUACAACCAUUAAACUAUGUGAUUUUGGUCUAUCAAGAAUAUUAACAAAUGAAUGUAUACAUGAAAUACUUGGCACAACCGACUUUUUAGCUCCCGAAGUUGUUUCAUAUGAACCAUUGACACGUGCAACAGAUAUGUGGAGUAUUGGUGUAUUAAUUUAUGUUCUUGUUACUGGACACACUCCAUUUGGUGGCACGAAUAAACAUGAUACACAUAAUAAUAUCACACAUUGUAUAUUAGAUUUUCCAGUUGAAUUAUUCGACAGUAUAUCAAUGGAUUGUAUCGAUCUGAUUAAAAAAUUAAUUGUUCGCAUUCCAAAACAACGAGCAUUAGCAAAUGAAUGUUUACAACAUAUUUGGCUUACAAGAUUACCAACAAUAAAUGGUGUAUGUAAUGAAAAUGAACAAAGACCAUCAAAAGGUGGGCUAUCAGAUAAUCAAACUGAUUCUGGUUUUGAAUCUCCAAUAACAAAUAGUCUUGAUCGGUCAUUUGAUAAAAUAAUAGCACAUAGUAUUGAAAAAAAUACGAAUAAAAAAAAUGGCGACAAUGAUUUUGGAUCACCAAUUAUUGAUAUAAUUGAAUCGAUUAAACAUUUACAUAUUAUUCAAUCCAUUCCUAUUUCAUAUGAGGAUGAUGAGGAUAGUAUAACAGUACGACAACCUUCAAAAGAUAAUUAUGUUUUUCGACUUACUCCUCCUUAUUCCGGUAUUUCCUUAUUGUCUUCUUCAUCUCCUCUAACACCGUCACUUUCUUCUGAUAUUCAUAUACUUGAUGACAAUGUUUGUGAGAAUUUAUCAUAA